AUGCACUCCUAUCACAACCCUGGAGUCCCAACCGCUCUUUCCAUCUUCGAGCCGCUCCAAGACGGAUCCACCGUCUCGGUUCACGGACAUGUCCGUCAUGGACACCACAAGAAUUUCGCUGUUGAAUUGUUGAGCGGACCAAACAUUGUUCUCCACGUCAACUUCCGUUUCCAUCAUGAGCAUAUUGUUGCUAUGAACUCCCAAUUCAAUGGAAUGUGGGGACCAGAAAUCCGCCACAAAAACCCACUCCACCACUCCGAGCAUUUCCAUCUCACCAUCAAGGUUCAUGCUGGAUAUUACCAUAUUGCUGUCAACGGACACCACCUCGCUGACUACCCACAUCGUUAUCCAUACCAAUCGGUCCAAGCCAUCGGACUCAAGGGAGACGUCCACGUCGACAAGGUCCACUUCGAGGGAUUCCACUUCCAACGUCGUUGGGAUGGACACAUCGACCACGGACACUCUGGAUACAAUGCAUACGGAACUGAUUCCUAUGUUGCUCCAGUCUUCAUUCAACCAAACUUCUCUCCAUACGGAGCUCCACCACCACCAGUCAACUACAACCCAUACAGAUAA